UGCCAGGAAAGAAAAGAUGCAUGUUUCGUUGGUUGAGGAUGUGUCAUCCUAGAGCUAUCAGGGCAUCUCCAGCGGCGCGACGCAAACGGUCGAUGAGCGACCGUUUUCGUCCGCCGUGACCGGAAAUGCGUCUGGGGCCUGUUCCAGCGGGGCGACGCAAAGUGACCGGGCCGUCCGCCGCGACGCAAACCUGGCCCAAAUAUGCGCCAGGUUUGCGUCGCGGCGGACGCUCGGCGGUCGCUCCGAGCGUCCUCCAUUUCUUACCCGGUCCCGCAUGUCAGGGACAGCGAAAUCGACCGCUUCGAUUUGCUUCUUGUUCCCCCUUCUUUCCUGCCCUAGUGCGACGGCACCACCCCCACCCCUAGCGCCGCCGUACCGCCGUAGCGCCGCAGUAGUCGGCGUCGGCUCCGUUCUUGCCGCACGGGAGAGCAGGAGCGUGCUCCGCCGCGUACCUGCCGGCUGUUUUCGGGCGAAACGCUCCCGAUUGCGCCGCCCUUCCGCGCCGCCCACGACCUGUUCGGUCAAUUGCGCCGGUAGGUUUCUACUCGUGUUUUCGGCGCUAUUGUGCGCGGCCAUUGAUCCGCAGUUUGUACCCACGCAGAUGGACAUGUGGCAGAUGUUGGACAAGUUCCGCGCGGAGGUCGUCGACUCCUCUUCCGAUGAGGAGUCCGAUGAGUCGACGCAGACAUUGGCAACUACUGCGGCCUCCAUGAUCCACGAGUUCACCUCUAACCCGGGGCCGCAGCACCGGGGCUCUGUGAAGGGGCGCUCCAAAAACCUGCCGCGCAACAGAGUGGAAGGGCAGGCCUGCCUCCACAAGGACUACUUCCACCUCACUAAUCCGAUCUUCCCAGAAAAAUAUUUCCGGCGCCGAUACAGGAUGUCAAGGGACCUGUUCUUGGUCAUUCUACGGGGCGUCAGAAACUACGACCCCUACUUUCAAUGUAGGCGCGAUGCAACAGGUGCGUUAGGCUUCACCUCCUACCAAAAAUGCUCCGCGGCUAUUCGCAUGCUCUCAUAUGAAAUGCCUGCGGAUAUAUUCGAUGAUUAUCUUCGAAUGGGUGAGAGCACCUGUCUUGAGGCCAUGUACAGGUUUUGCCGAGCCGUGAUUGCCGUGUUCGGAGAGUAUUACUGUAGGGAGCCAACUCUUGAGGAUACAAGGCGCCUCCUGUCUAUCAACGAGUCUAGAGGCUUCCCAGGAAUGAUUGGCAGCAUAGAUUGCAUGCACUGGCAGUGGAAAAACUGUCCAUUUGGAUGGCAGGGUGCGUACAACGGGCAUGAGGAAGGAAGAACUGUCAUUCUUGAAGCUGUCAUAUCUGAAGAUUUAUGGAUUUGACAUUCAUUCUUUGGCAUGGCCGGUUCCAACAAUGACAUCAAUGUGUUGCACCGAUCACCGGUUUUCAACCGGCUCAUGCAAGGCAAAGCUCCCCGGGUGAGCUAUGAGAUCAAUGGAAAUGCAUAUGACAAGCCAUAUUAUCUUGCUGAUGGCAUCUACCCUGACUGGGCCACAUUGGUGAAGACUGUCCGUAAUCCAAACUCCGAGAAGACGAGAAGGUUUGCGAAGAUGCAAGAGGCUUGCAGGAAAGAUGUGGAGCGCGGGUUUGGUGUGCUCCAAGCUCGGUGGGCAAUUGUCCGUCACCCGGCAAGAACAUGGUCGCUGAAGACCAUGCAUGAGGUGAUGACAUGCUGCGUGAUCAUGCACAACAUGAUCGUUGAGAACGAGCGUCCUGAUGGCCGCAAUGAGAACCAAUGGGAUUUCCAAGGUGAGCUGGUUGCGCCACUUCCUGGAGCUUCAUCUUGGCAGGACUAUCUACAUUGGAAUGUAGAAGUCACUGAUGAGAACGUCUCCAAACAGCUGCAAACGGAUCUGAUUGAGCAUCAAUGGACAUUGGCUGGCCAUGCAGAUCAUGCCUAGAGGAGUACUAUCUUAUUUGCAUGCAGACUUUUUAAAAUUUAAAUGUAAUAACUAUUACUUCGUUGAAUAUUAUUUUGUUGUUUCGAAACUUCAUAUUUCAUGCAAACGCGGAAAUGCGUCGCGCCGCUGGAGCCACCCCAAGGUGCAAACGGACGCGCGGACAAAAACGGUCAGUCUCGCGUCUGCCGCGCGACGCAAACGGACAUUUCGGACGUCCGGAAUGCGUCGCGCCGCUGGAGAUGCCCUCAAUGGAAAAUUCUGGAAAGCUUGCAUUGCAUAUAUAUGGAAAUACAGGGACAGGACACGACAAAACAUAUAUGAGCUGAACUUUAUUGUUGUAGACCAUGAGAUUCGGCUCGAGUCUGUUAGGUAUAGCACUGUUUUAUCUCGGCGUGGUGAAGUCUUCCCGUUGAGAGAAAUAUUACAAAUAUUGGCAAAUCUGAGUAAAGAUCUAUUGCUCUUCAAGGUCAAGUCUAAAUUAGCAAAAUAACCCUUUUUGGAUGAUGGAAGAGCUUUAUACUACCCAUCUCCCAAACUCUAUACCUAUCGACACUCAUAUAUGAGAAAUAGAGGUUUGUCUUCUCCAAACUUUGGUUAAUAGUUCGCCUAACUAAGAAGUUUGAUUGAGAAGUGGACCGAGCAGUAAGUAUGGCACGUGUGAUUAUUGUCAAUUUAACGUGCCAGUUUUUUCUGAAUUAUUAAUGUGAUGUGUCUCCCCAGAAAGAAACUUAGCAAUCAGAUGCAAAUUAUAGAUAGAAAUAUUUUUCUUUUGCAGAGGAAACAUCAUGUUUGGGCUUCAGGGGAUGCUUAGUAUUUUUUUCCACAACAGCUUAUUUCAUCAGAAGAUUAGUUGAUGCCAGCCUUUAUUUUAGACUCAAGAUAUUCAGCUCACUAUCAUCACCGAGAGAGGCUAACUGAGACAGUCGGUGCUCUGUGUUGUUGAUUUCUAGGCGAGAUACUGAAAAUAAUGCAUUGCAGGAAGACCUAAAGAGCAGCCAGCGAGACGGUAAAAUCUGUCUGAAAUAGGCUUCGUUAUUGUUCACCAAGAGGGCAGCACAAUGAAGGCUAAGUACCAGCCAAUCAAAUAUACCAGUUCAGAGAAUACCUAAAAGAGGGUUCGAUCUAGAGAUUUGAAUCUGUUGUGUCCCAGAACCUGAACACUUUUCUCUAUUCGCGUAUAGCGCAAAACUGCAUUAUCAUUGAGCACAAAUGCGGUGCAUUUGUGGAGGACGCAUUUGUGGAGGACGACGAUAUUGUGAAAGAUUUGAUCUCGGUGCCAUUGUAGAUAUGUUUCAGGACAUCACAGGGGAGAGAAUGUGAGGAUGCCUUUGGCAAUCAGGUGGAGCUAUAAUUGUCACGCGAGGGGAGAAAGUUUCGAAGCAACCGAACAAAAAAUAUACUCUAUGUGAGAAUAGAUCUUGAAUUUUGCUCAGCAACUCCCAUCUUCCCUUUGUCAGUGGAAAGCGUGCGAGAGCUAGAGAUUUUGUUGCUUACAUAUGAGGUUGGAACACAACCUCUAUUUCAUUUGUAGUUCUUGCGGCUCAUCAGGCUCAUCAGAAAAUAUAAACACUGCUUACAUGUCAUGUAUGGUUGUAUGAUUUGAUAGAAAUCCACCAUGGUUUUGUGACCAAAACGACUGAAAUACGUCGCCACAGGUCCA